AUGGGCAAUAGCUGGGACCCCUUUAUGAUGAUCAACACCUCAGACACCUGCGCUGCUACCCGCCUUCAUCAGUGUCGCGGGAUGGGAACCUAUAUGAACGAUGUUUCCAGGAAAUUUCAAGGGCCUUACGAUCGUCACAGAGUACCAGAUCUCACUGAAGGCGAGUAUCUUGCUCGCAAAAAGCUGAUCAACCAGGUCGUGACGUGGGGCCAUGAAAUGACCGAGAAGACCAAGUCGAAAUAUGACUACGAGUAUAUCCCAAUUCUCUAUCGCUAUGAAGUCGUCAAAACAGCGGCCAAACGGGAGAGAGACUGGGGCCAUCUCGUCUUUACAGAUCUAACUACUACCAGGAUGCUCCUGGUAAUGCUGUUCCCAGAGACCUGUAAUUGCGGCAACUUCUCGCAUCACGACUACGAUGCAUUGACGAAGUAUCACGCCGACCGCUUUAUGUCGCUCCUCAAAUACGUCUACCAUGACGAAAGCCCUCCGGAGUGGGUUAGAGCGACAUACCUCACGCCCAAAGAAAAGUUUGUCCUUCCGGAGGAGUUCUUCGAUUUUAGCAAGGCUUUCUCCCCCGCGGAGACCAAGGAUCGCAUGGCGAGCGGCAAGCUCCCUAUUUUCCACGUCACGGCUGACAACUUCGUUCCUUCGCUCUUGGAGAGUGAGGUCGAGAAGAUUGACAACCUCCUUUCAAGGGGUAGAAGCGCCAAAGUCCCUUCCGCGGAAAUCAAGAAUCAAGUCCUUGGAUCGAAGCGAAAUCGACCUGAGGUUGCUUCCAGCUGGAAGCACAGGCAAGCUCGCCAGUGCUCCUACUGCGAAGAAAUCAAAGAGAAAGGCUUAAUGAUAUGCUCAAGAUGCAAACUCGCCCAUUACUGCACCAACGACUUGCGUGGCCCAGUCACAAACUCCUCUGCAAGAAGGCUUGAACUAAGUAUUAGUAACUAGUACUGUGU